AUGCAUUUAAUGUACUAUAAAGGUUCAGAAGAAGGCCAAAGAGUCUACACUUUAAAAAAAGAAACACCAAAAGGUGAACCAACUUACUCUGCUCAUCCAGCUCGUUUCUCCGUUGAUGUCAAAGAUUCAAGAGAAAGAAUUGCUUUAAAGAAGAGAUUCAAUUUAUUAUUAACCCAACAACCACCAAUCCAAUUUUAA